AUGGCUUUCUCAAAUACACUUAGUGGCCGCAUGGAAGAACUACGUUUCCCCAACCUGCGGUCUCCAGACGCCGAAAGCCCAUACAGUUCGAAUGGCUCCUCAACCCGAGAACAAAAUCCAUUCUUCGCCAACAUGCACUCCUCAUCCAACGACGCUCGCGCGAGCCUCCAACGUCGCUUUACAACGGACUCGAGUAAGAUGCCUGUGGCCAGACCGUUUGGUCAGCAAUACACGUCCAUGAGCUCCGCAGCGGCCAAAAACAAACAAAUGUACGAAGACAUCCAGAAUGCUAAGCGCAAGGCGGAGGAGCAGUUGCGGCUUUUGGAGCUACAGGAACGAAGCCUUCAGAUGGGAGCCACUACUCAGGACCUUGAGCGGAUCUCUACCCGUGUGAAUCGGAUCAGUCUCAACGGCCCUGUUAGCGAACCCACAACUCCUCCAGAGUACGCCGAAAGUGGCUUCAGCAACCGAUUCUCGCGCUCUAGCAGACUGUCUAUGAACAGUAUCAUUUCGCCUCCAGGGCUCAGCAAGCGAGUCUCUCAAUCUAGCUCUCAAGUCACCUCUCCUCCACCAAAUCGUCUUUCAGGCAACGGCAUGUACACCCAAUCUCAGAAGCCAUCUGCCAAAUCAGUGCCGGGAUCUCGAAGAGGCUCUGACGAAGACGAAUACUAUCCCGAGGAUUUGCCCACCACUCGAGCUGCUGCUUCGUUGAAUCGCUUCUCUAUGCCAGUCAAUAGCAGUCGUCAUCCACAACGCCUUAGUGUGAGUGGCACUGGAGGCAAUUCAUUUGGUCUUGCAAACACCACCAGCUUUCUCUUUGACGAGGAUGAUGACAAGCUCAACCCGCUUGACUUGACUUCUCCUAUUGCAAAAGCUUUUGCGCAGCUUGAGGGUGACGACACCUUUCCAACUCUGACGAGUGACGGUCUCAAGCUUUCUGCCAACUCUGCUGCCUUGGAUCUUGCAAACUCCAAGACACCAGACCUUGACUGGACUCUUGGAUCUCGUUACAGACCAGCUCAUCAGAGCAUGCCUCAUACAGACUCUUCCAUGUAUAGACCUGUUCUUGCCAAUCUCAACAACAUCAGCAGCCCACCUGCGGACCGUCCGGCGGAUCUGACGCGUCGCAAGUCUCAGCGCCAUUCCAUGGGAGUCACUUUUGAAGACACUGCGCCUCUGCCUGCAAGUCUGACUGUCUCUCGGCCCACGUCUCUCCAAACUUCUUACUCAACCAACGACGUCCCAACAGUCAAGAAAUCUUUGACCUUGGACACUGUUCCCACCCCUCCCAAGACGCAAGCAGAGCAGCAGUUCCACAACCACAACGUCAGUCUGGGACGGAUUCCUGCGAACGCAGUGAACAAUCGUCAGAGCAGAGAAGUCGCCAACGGAUCUGUCAAGCUGGAAGACAAAGCCAUGUCUGCGGCCCCAUUGUCAAGCUUGCACGCCAGCGCAGCGCCGUUCAACGCGUCUUUCACCACCACCUCAGACGCCAACGCGGUCUCCAACGCGAUGGCCUUGGCCAGUCCAACCUCGACAUAUCCAGCCCCACAACCCUACAUGUACAAUAUGCAAACUUUCAACGUCAACCAGAUGAAUCCCCAAGCCUCCGGUGCCGGACCCAUUCAGCCCUUUGGCCAGUCUCAAGGGAUCUAUGGUAUUAGCAAUACGUAUUCCGGCCCUCAACGUUCAGGCACUGGUCGCCGUAACCAUGGUGAUGAAGCUCGAUUCAACAAUGUCCCGCUUGAGUCAUAUCGAGGAAAUCUGUAUGAGCUUUGCAAAGACCAACAUGGUUGUCGCUACCUCCAGCGCAAGCUUGAAGACGGCAACGAGGAGCAUAUCCAAGCCAUCUUUGUGGAGACCUGUCCUCAUAUCAUCGAGCUGAUGACCGAUCCCUUCGGUAACUACCUCUGCCAGAAGCUGUUUGAGCAUUGCAACGAGGAGCAGCGCACUACUUUGAUCAACACUGCCGCACCAGCACUUGCAACUAUUGCUCUUAAUCAACAUGGAACCCGCGCUCUUCAGAAGAUGAUUGAAUUCGUCCACACUCCAUCCCAAGUCGACACCAUCAUCCAAGCAUUGUCUCCUCGUGUGGUCGAGCUUGUUCAGGACUUGAACGGCAACCACGUUGUCCAGAAGUGCCUCACUCGUCUAGGAGCCGAACGUUCUCAGUUCAUCUACGAUGCAGUUGGCAACUUCUGUGUCAUUGUGGGCACUCAUCGUCACGGAUGCUGUGUCCUCCAGCGCUGUAUCGACCACGCCCAGGGCUUUCAGCGAGCUCAGCUCAUCGCCAGGAUCACUCACUGUGCCUUUGAUCUUGUCCAGGACCCGUUUGGCAACUAUGUUGUCCAAUACAUCCUCGACUUGGACGAAGCCGCCUUCACCAAGCCGCUUUGCGAGAAUUUCUAUGGCCGGGUUCCAGCCCUGUCGAAGCAGAAAUUCAGCUCCAACGUCAUCGAGAAAUGCUUGCGUACUGCCGACACUGAUACCAAGCGAGCUAUGAUUGAGGAGAUGCUGAUGGGCAACGAGCUUGAGAAGAUGCUCCGCGAUUCCUUCGCCAACUACGUGGUCCAGACCGCCAUGGAGUAUGCGGACCCUGCCACCAAGAUGCGUCUUGUUGACUCCAUUCGUCCCAUUCUUCCCCUCAUCAAGCAAACUCCUCAUGGCCGCCGCAUUGCCAGCAAGAUUCUGGGCAAUGACGUUCCGGGUCGUGGCAGUGCGCCUGCCAACGACAACAUCCUCGCCAGCUUCAACAGUGGCCGCGCAAACAGCCGUCGCAAUGUUCAGAUUGUUGGUGGCGGCUUCAAUGGCAUUCGCACUUCCGACACGUACGGUCCUGCCGAUAAUGUCUCUGCUAAUGGAAACAACUAUGGUUUGAUGGAUCCAAAUGUCAACAUGUACAACGCGCACAAUUACGCCAACGAUGUCGGACCGAAUGGCUACGCGGGCUUCAUCAAUGGUUCAGUUGGCGGCUCCAACAACGUCAUUUGA